CGCAUCGAGGGGAAGAAAUGAAGGCUCCAUGUGGAGCGCGUUUCUAUGCCAAUGUGACAUUCCUCCGGUGCAAUUGUCCGGUAUGCUAUUAACCAUUGUCUGUCGAGUUCGAUAUUCCUGAUCUCACUUUCUUCCCUCGCUGCUGCUGCCUCUGCACCGCUCGAAAAACAGAGACAAUGCGAAGACCCUGGCUCACGAUUUUGGCGCUGCUGGCCGGCGUCCAGGCCAUCGAUUUAAAUCUGGACGAUCCGGAAAACGUUAAGAAAGCAUGCCGUGCUGUAGCCAAGGACAUGCUAACCCAUUAUACGGGGAUGAAUCCUGGGGACGUACCUGGAAAUUUGCCGGACCCGUACUACUGGUGGGAGGCCGGUGCCAUGUUCACGGCUUUGGUCGACUACUGGUUCUACACGGGAGAUGAUACGUGGAACGAAAUCACGACGCAAGGGUUGCUGUGGCAGGCGGGCGACCUUGGGACUUACAUGCCGACCAACCAGACUCGCACCGAAGGCAACGACGACCAGGCCUUCUGGGCAUUUGCCGCCAUGUCGGCGGCCGAGCGCAACUUUCCCAACCCGCCUGAAGGAAGCCCAGGCUGGUUGGGCCAAGUCCAAGCAGUAUUCAACACGCAAGCUGCCCGAUGGGCUGCCAAAACCUGCGGCGGGGGCUUGCGAUGGCAAAUCUUCACCUGGAACAACGGAUACCAUUACAAGAACACUAUCUCCAACGGAUGUUUUUUCAACCUGGCGGCGCGAUUGGCCAUGUACACGGGGAACAGCACAUAUACCGAGUGGGCGCAACGUGUCUGGGAUUGGACCAUGGAUAUCGGGUUGAUGACCGAAGAUUUCCUCUUCUACGACGGGGCGGAUGAGCGGAGUAACUGUACCCAAUUCAACCAGAUUGAGUGGACGUACAACUCGGGAGUGUACCUUCACGGAGCAGCCACGAUGUAUAAUUUGACAAAGGGCGACCCAGUCUGGAAGGAACGGACGCAGAACCUGCUGAAGGCGACCGAUGUCUUCUUCAAGGACGAUCCCAAAGAUGUCAUGUACGAACGGGCAUGUGAACCGAUCGACACAUGUGAGGUGGAUCAACGGUCCUUCAAGGGCUACCUGGCCCGGUGGAUGGCCAAAACCACGCAGAUGGCACCGUUUACCUACGACCGCGUGAUGCCCAAGUUGCGGGCGUCCGCCGAAGCGGCAGCCAAAACCUGCACGGGAGGAAAAUCCCACACAACCUGCGGCCUGAAAUGGUCAGACCAAAAGUGGGAUGGCUUGCGGGAUGUCGGGAGCCAGAUGGCGGCGCUAGAGGUGAUGCAGUCGACCCUCAUCGCUCGAGUGGAUCCCCCCGUGACCGACGACACUGGUGGUACGAGUAAGGGCAACCCUGAGGGGGGCGCCAAGCCACCCAAGCAGACACCGGGACGUUUCACGACGCGUGUGACGACAGCCGACCGUGCGGGGGCCGGCAUCUUGACCAUCCUGAUGGCCCUAUUUGUGAGUGGGACGACAGGGUGGUUGCUGUAUGACUGAUGCGUGAGUCUCCGUUUAUGCCGUGCGGGGAUGCUUUUU